AAAAAACUCAAACCACUGUUUGUUUGCGACUGAAAGACAUCACCGGUUAAGACACACGACACGAGUGGCCACAACCAAUCCCAUGAGCCGUAGCCCUUCGUCGGCCAUUAGGCACCUGUUGACGGGGUUGGGUCGGGCCACUCAACGCGGUGUCCGCAAGUGUCCCAAAUGUCACGUCUAUAACGGCACCAGAGGUACCAAAUGCAAGAACAAGGCCUGCGAUCACGUCUUCAGCCGACAGAAUGGCCACAAAACGGGCGCCAAAGGCGACGACCAGCAGUCGGCGGACGCGUCGGGCGGACCGUCGCUGUCGACGAUCGCUAAUCUGGAGUCCAUUCGUUGCAUAACAGCCAACAACUCAUCCAAUGUCUACUCGGUUCGGGUCCGCGAUCGGGGGCCAGACUAUCGGGGCUUCGUUGAGGUGCCGAUCAUUCGCGGUCUGGACGGCACGUCCGACCCGUCGCUGAAUCCACAGUUCAUCGCUGAGACCACCGCUCGAUGUUUUGUCGAAGUUUGCGGCACUCAUAAAGUGGUUUUGCCGAUUACGGCCACCACUACCACAAAGCCCAGGGACUCGUCGGCGGCCGCCAGCGGCGCAGCGCACGGCCAUCACCACCACCGCGAUCACCAUCGAGACCAUCAUCACCAGCGCACCGGCUCCUCGUCGUCCGGCAGCGCCACGAAUAUACGGCUAACGGUAAUCGAGUCGUGCGUUCACAUCAAACACUCGGUCCGGUGCGCGACCGACGCCCGACCCGUGGCCCUCAAGAACAGUGUCUUGAAUCGGCUGCCGAUCACCGAUCAUAUGCGCCAACAGAUCGCUGAGUUGGCAUUUGAUACGCCCGGACCGCUCGUCCAACGCGUGUCCCGCACCUCAAUGGUUGUCAAAUGUAAGGCCAAUAAUAAGCAACCCUUGGGUUAUCUUCACUGUUGGUUCGCACAGACAUCGCCUCCACCGGCCGACAAGUCUAAGGCCACCAGUCAUUCCUCCGGUGUUUGCCUUCCGAUGAAGUUUUCAUGCGUUUGCAAAGCCUUCAAAGCAUUCAAAUGCGCUAAUAAUCAGUCCAUUAAUAGUAAUAACAAUAAAGUUAGUGACCAAACGAUUGACAGCAGGUUUGAGUUGUCGGCUGAGCGCAAGUGUGUCCACUAUUACGCGUGCAUUUGUGCCUUCGCUUCCGAUUCCGAUUUGGGCCGAGAGUUCCGCCACUAUAUCGUCAAAGAGUUGCCAGACUUUGUAUGCAUUUCUCCGCCACAUACACCAGAUAUUGGUUCCGCGAGAAACGACGGCCACAAUAGUACGGAUCAAUCGGCGAAUAGCAAUAAAGAGGUGAUCAAUACGGGUGCGGCCACUCAUAGCGAUUCUCCGGUGCCCAACAAAAAACUCAAAACUCAGUCAUCACUUGUGGACAACGGAAACGCCGACGCAAUCCAUACCCGGAAACUCAUCGACAGAGGAAUUAUCACCGAAUCGGACAUUAGUAUCAAUUUUGUCGAGUGGUUAUCAUCGGUGACGGAACUGAUCAAUCAGACGAUGCACUACCAGCUAAGCGGAAAGCCAGAGCAGCUCGUCUGGCGUAUACCGCAGUGUUAUUUCGAUUGUCUUCAGCAGCGAAUAGCAACUGGUUUACGGAAAAAGCGUUUACCGAAUAUGACAACAGUGUUUACCCGCAAAGACCGGCCGCCGUUGGGAACGUUCACUAAAUACACGUAUUUGAUAACCAAUAUAUCUCAUGUCAAACAGCUCUUUGACACGAGUCGACAGUCGCUGGCAUUGGAGCAGCACUUCGUCCAGAACAGAGACGGCAGCUUCGAUUUCGCCCACUCCUCGGCCACCGCCGCAGACCUCUCCGACACAGCGAUGGAUGGCUCGGCUCUGGUUUUGCCCCAAAAUGACAAUCAACUCAUCAAACCGAGCGAAUUGAAGACCUUUCUAAAGGUUGGCCUCAUGUCAGGUCCCGGUUUGGCUGCGGCGGCGCCGCCCUCUUCGUCGCAGUCGUCCUCCGGUUCGGACACUUCGACUAAAGAGACGGCCAUUCCGUUUGUGAUCGAAUGGAUUCCCGAUUGUUUGCCGGCCUCUCAUUUCGGCGAAUUGAGGAUUGAGUUACAGUUCGGACACAUCAGGAAUGGCAACAUUGAUCAUCACGUU